AUUGAUUGCCCUCAGUAUUGUCUGAGCCCCCACCAACCAACACAUCACAGCCAUGCCAUCCGACCUUUACGCCUCAGUCGGCGGUGGCGGCCUCAAGCUGAAGGGCGCCAAGGUCGGCAAGCCCAAAAAGAAGAAGAAGGAGAAGACCGACCUCGAGAAGAAUCUCUCUGGCGGCGAGUCCUCCACAGCUGUCGCACGGCGCAACCCCGCGACCGAAGAGGAGAAUGCCGACGAGAAGAAGAAGGGGAAGAAAGACGACGACGAGCACACGGAAGAUAUUGAGGAGCACGAGGAAGAGUCGGGGAGUCGCAAGACGGAAGCAGAGAGGCGGUUCGAGGAAAGGAAACGCAAGAGACUACUCGAAAUGUCAGGCAAAUCUGGAAGGCCAGAACUAAUGAAGACGCACAAGGAGCGUGUCGAGGAGCUGAACACGUACCUGUCCAAGUUGAGUGAGCAUCACGACAUGCCCAAGAUCGGGCCUGGCUAGGCGGAUACUCUCAACACAAUGGACGAUUCUGCUUGUUUGAUUUGGGCUGGCGUUAUUUGGGAGGGGGGCGAUUGGGAUACCCGUCGGUGGAAUGCAAUGUCGA